GAUAUACAGACUGCUCAUUGUGUCUAAGAAAAAAAUCUUAAAUAAUAAAAAACCACAUAAGGAAACACAUAAAUCUUGAGUUGUAUAUUGCCAAAACUGGCAAAUUCUUUUGAAACUUUUUAGAAAUUUUGAUUAAUCUUGAUUUGUCAAUAAACAAGGUAGAAUUUGAAGUUUUUUGUCAUGUUAUAGCUAUACCCCUCCCUGAGUCUUUCCCCACCCCUCACUUUACUGCAGUGUUCUCAAGACACAUGAACAGAAACAAAAUGAACAGGGGAAUAACAUAUUUAACAGGUAUUUAAACAAUAUGUCUUUUUACUUUUUAAAUUUUGAUUUAAUUAAAAAACAUCUAAAAUGAAUAUACACUGCAUCUUAUUUUUAGGAUUGAACUUGCUUAUCCAGUUUGGUAAGAUGAUCAUGCACUAGUAGUAUAUAGAAGAUGAUGUGAUACAUUUUUUAAGAAAUUCCUAGAAAUCCAUGUAAUGUAUCGUUAUUCAUUUUUAUCCUUAGUCGCUUGUUCAAAACUGGUGUGUUACUUCACAAACUGGUCUCAGUAUAGACAAGGACCUGCUAAAUAUCUUCCUGAGAAUGUGGACCCAAACUUGUGUACCCAUUUAGUCUAUGCGUUUGCCAUUGUGAACUAUGCCAAUAAGAUAACUUGCAGUGAGUGGAAUGAUGUGGCCCACUACUCAACCUUCAAUGCACUUAAGAUGCGAAAUCCGCAGCUAAAAACAUUGCUCUCCGUUAGAGGAUUUUUAUUUGGUCUCAGCAGAUUUUCUAUUAUGUUGUCUAACUGGACAAAUCGUCAGACAUUCAUCAAGUCUUCUAUAGAAUUUCUGAGGAAGAAUAACUUUGAUGGCCUUGAUUUGGAUUGGGAGGACAAAGGUACUUUAGGAACACCGCCUGAAGAUAAGCUAAAAUUUACUCUACUGUGCAAGGAACUUUUGGAAGCGUUUCUAACUGAAGGCCGGCCAAGCAAAGAUUCAAGACUAAUUCUUACAGCAACAGUGUCAGCAAAGAAAGAAGUUAUUGAAAGGAGCUACGAUAUACCAGAGAUCUCAAAAUAUCUGGACCUUAUUAAUGUCAAGACAUUUGAUUUUCAAACGUUUGAAAAUGGAAUUGUGAGACAUCACAGUCCUUUGUACACCGAUAUCCAUGAUGAGGAGCAUAUUUACUCAAAUGCUGAUUUUGCAUUACGUUAUUGGAGAGUUCACGGAGCUCCUCCUGAGAAGUUAUUAAUGGGCUUUGCCACUUAUGGUCGCUCCUUCAUCCUCACCUCAACUCAGACUGGUGUCGGUGCCCCAGCCAGUAACUUUGCUUCCCCCGGACCUUAUACUCAAGAAAUGGGCUUUUGGUCUUAUUUUGAAGUGUGCCUUUUCUUAAACGGGGGUGAGGUACAGUGGAUAGAAGACCAAAAGGUCCCAUUUUCUGUUAAAGGCAAUGAAUGGGUGGGUUUCGACAAUCAAAAAAGCUUUGAGAUUAAGAUAAAAUAUUUACUGGAGCAAAGUCUGGGAGGUGCAUUUGUAUGGACUCUGGACCUGGAUGAUUUUUCCGGACAUUUCUGUGGACAAGGCAAAUAUCCUUUAGUCAGCUACCUGAAGAAACAGUUAAUAUUUGGAGCAAAUGAAGGUCCUUCAUCACCACCAACGUGUGUGAAACCUUUCACAUCUCUACUGGUACUAACAAGUCAGUUCUGUGCAGACAGACCAGAUGGACUUUAUCACAGAAUUGAUAACGUUAACUCAUUUUAUGAAUGCAGUGGAGGCAAGACAAAUAUCACCUGGUGUACACCUGGUGCCAUUUUGAACCAUUCUGGAAAAACACAGCCAUCACAGAUAUUUUUCAUUAUUUUAGGCUUUGCAAGUUUUCUAAUUUAAUGGCAUUGCCUAUUUUAGAAUAAAGCAAAUGAUUCAAAUAUAAAACAAAUAUGAAAAGACUGGACUGGACUUCAACAAGUUUUAUAUAUCAUCUUCGCAUAUCACAGGAUAGGUAUAGCUUGCCUAUAAAUGCAUGUGGUGAUGUGAUUUUCAUUCUGUGACAAUAAAAUGUGUUAAACAAUUAAUUUAUAAUAAAAAGUGAUAAAAUUACCUCAACACAAUUAAUAAAAACACAAGAGAUGUAUUGUUGUUACUGUAAAAUAGUUAUAUUGGC